ACAGUGAAGCGGUAAAGUGCGGAUUAGGGUUUUGUUUUGUAUUUGUGAGACCGGUGAAGGGUUGUGUGUGAGAGAGAGGAGGAAACAUGAAGACGAUUCUAUCUUCCGAAACGAUGAACAUUCCCGACGGCGUGAGCAUCAAAGUUCACGCGAAAGUGAUCGAGGUGGAAGGACCUCGUGGAAAAUUGGUGCGAGAUUUUAAACAUCUCAACCUCGAUUUUCAGCUCAUCACCGACGAGAAUGGCAAGAAGAAGCUGAAGAUCGAUGCCUGGUUCGGAUCUCGCAAAACCUCCGCCGCCAUUCGCACCGCCCUAAGCCACGUUGACAACCUCAUCACCGGUGUCACCAAGGGCUACCGCUACAAGAUGAGGUUUGUCUACGCCCACUUUCCCAUUAACGCCAGCAUCGCCAACGACAACAAAUCCAUUGAAAUCCGAAACUUCCUUGGCGAGAAGAAGGUGAGGAAAGUGGAUAUGCUUGAGGGUGUGUCUGUUGUUCGAUCAGAAAAAGUGAAGGACGAGUUGGUUUUGGAUGGAAAUGACAUAGAGCUUGUUUCCAGGUCUUGUGCUCUCAUUAACCAGAAAUGUCAUGUUAAAAACAAGGAUAUUCGGAAGUUCCUUGAUGGUAUUUACGUCAGUGAGAAGGGAACAAUACUAGUAGACGAGUAGAGUAGAUUAUGCUGCUGUUCUUUUGGAUUGGACAUCUUUUUUGUGCUAUCAUUUUGAGUUUGGAUUCAGAAUUUUGUGUUGUUUGACUUUUUUAUGGAAAUGUUUUCUUUGAAAUUUACUAAUCCAACAUGCUUGGAAUGAAACAUUUGCUGAAAUUUACUUA